GUGACGCAGUGACGCAGCGGACGUGCGGCCACAGAAGGCGGGGCUUCUCUCUGCUGCUCUACGAUCAUUAGAAGGAUAAUGACUUUCCUCAUGUCCUUGCACUCCAACCCAGUGCUUCGGAAAACAAAUCUGGCUGUGUGGAGAGCAUGCUGGAGGUCAUGGAAGUCAAGAUUGCACUCUUCUACAGUUUGUCCAUCUUCUGGUCCUGGUCCACUAAACGGACCUGAAGAAGUGUCGCCUGUUUCAUAUGAAAAUGCUCCUCACAAUCCUGUCAUGCUUAGAGAGGUGCUUCAAUACUUAGACAUCCAACACGGUCAGGUGGUCCUGGACAUGACAUUUGGAGGUGGUGGUCAUACCAAAGCGAUUCUGAAUUUGGUUCCUGAAGUCACUGUCCUGGCUUUAGACCGGGAUCCCACGGCCAUUUCUCUGGCAGAGCAGCUAGCCAAGGAACACACUGGUCGUGUGAAACCCUUACUUGGCAGAUUCAGCAAGCUUGAAGCCCUGCUGUCUGAAAUGAACAUGAAGCCAGGCAGCGUGGAUGCUGUCCUGCUGGACGCUGGCUGCUCCUCCAUGCAGAUGGAUCAGGCCGACAGAGGCUUUUCCCUCAGUAAGGACGGGCCUCUGGAUAUGAGAAUGGAUGGAGAGAGGUACCCCGACAUGCCCUGCGCUGCUGACGUUGUGAAUACCUUAGAUCAACAGGCUCUUGCAUCCAUCCUCACUGCAUAUGGGGAAGAAAGACACGCCUGGAAAAUAGCUUCAGCCAUUGUGGAGGCACGUCGUGUCAACCCCAUCACCCGGACGCAGCAGCUGGCCAGCGUGGUGGCAGGAUCACUUCCUGCAGCUGUUGUCUAUGCACGUAAAGACCGGCUCCACCGACCUGCACAUGUGGCCACUAAGACAUUCCAAGCUCUGCGUAUCUUAGUGAACGAUGAACUGAACGAACUCCACGCAGGGCUGUGUGCCGCCCGGGCAGCACUGAGACCUGGAGGACGUCUCUGCGUGAUCACCUUUCAUUCUCUAGAAGACAGACUGGUCAAACGUUUCCUUCAAGGAGAAGACUUGUCUAAUCUGGACCAGUAUCACUUUAGCCCGAGGAAGGGGGGGAAGGGAAAGAUGUUGGAUGAAAAAAGAGAUGGUGGGAGUUUGUAUUGGCGUCCUCUGCGAAGAAAAGUGAUCACCCCAGAGAGGGAAGAUGUCAAAGACAAUCCUAGAGGACGCUCUGCUAAACUCAGGGCAGCUCUCAGGUGUUAAUUUAUGUACGAGAAUCUUUUUUUCUUUAAAUGUUUGAGGUUUUUUUUUGUUUUUUUUUGACAUCCAGAGUAUUUUUUUAACUAUUACUACUAUUAUUAUUCAACAAUAGUUACGUAAAGGCUUUAGAUGAAGUUACAUAGAUAAACUUGUAUUUAUGUCUUUUAUUCUUGCCUUUAAAUGUACUUCUGGUCCAGGCAUAUGCUCCAGACAUCAGCUGCCUAUGGCAGUGGCUGGUGGCUGGUUUUUAUAAAAAAAAAGUAUGAUUGUAUAGUAACGGGUGGAGAAAAUGACCCCACUUCUCAUAUGAUCAUUUAGCUUCUUUAACAUAUAACUAACGAUUUAAAAUUGGUGAUACUGGGGCGCUGGUAGCGCGAUGGUUGGUGUGCGCGCCCUAUGUAUGGAGGCUGUACUCCUCCAAGCGGGCGGCCCGGGUUCAAAUUCUACCUGUGGCUCCUUUCCCGCAUGUCAUUCCCUACUCUCUCUCUCCCUGAUUUCCGACUCUAUCCACUGUCCUAUCCCUCCAAUAAAGGCACAAAUAGCCCAAAAAUAAAACUUAAAAAAAACAAUACUAAGGGUGUUGCUACCUGUGUAAGCCUUACCUCAUAUGUAGACAACAAAGUAGAAGCCAUGCAUACAGUUUUCUAGCCAUGGCUUUUUGCGACCCCUGUCCCUGGCUAGGCAUCAUGCUGGUUAUGGCUGCUUCUUCUAGUCUAUGAACUUCUAUAAACAUAAUCAUCAAUUAAUUGACGAAUCCCCCUCAACAUAUUACCACUUGUUUAUUUUUCUCUUGAGGUGGCUGAAAAAUACAUUACUGGAAGCAUGAAUAAUGUAGCACCGUACUAGGGUAGCGUAAGACUUGCAUAGAAAACUUGACUUUGUUAGAUUGGGAUUAAACUGGCAAUAAAUACAUCUCAUGCUUUCUGAGUCGUUGGCACUAAAACAUUUCCUAAAAACAAUUUAGAACCACAAAUGUGCACACAAAGUUACAUGUUUUUUUUCUGAGAGGCGUUACAUCAUGUUAUAUUAAAAACAUUUUACGUCUUAACAAAAUGUGUGCGUUUCCCCUUUGUUCAUUAGAACGUACGUCAAACUGAAGAGGAUUCUCAUAAUCAUUUGUUUUAUCUUUAGUUUAAUAAAGCACAUGAUACAAAGUG